UGGACGCCUUCUCCAUACGGCCCCAAGCAGCGAUGACAGCAUCAUAAUGAAGCCCGAGGUCCACAGCAGUGAGAUACUCGUGACCAGCUGUGAACCAAGAAGGUGCGCCCGCGGGGCAUGGCGGCACUCGACGAACCUUCGGAAUGUCGUCGGCGAUUGUCAAAGGAGUGACAGCAGCGGCCUUGGCGAUGAUCGGAACAGUGGCAGUCGCAAUUGCAAUUGGCACAUUGGCGGGAAUGGGCGCAUCGGCAGGGACAUCAAUGGGAAUGGG